AUGGUUAAAAUAAAGACGAGUAAGGAUGCAUCGGUGGAGAUAAACUACCGGAUCACCAGCCCCGGGGCAGAUGAGGCUCCAGAGGGGCUGUUCAUUGUGGAGCGCAGGUCUGGAGUGCUGCAGGUCACUCAGCCCCUAGACAGAGAGAAGAGGGACGCAUAUACUCUCUGGGUCCAUGCCAUCCACGCUCAUGACGGAAGCAAAGCUGAGGAGCCCAUGGAGCUGACUGUCCAUGUGAUCGACCAGAACGACAACCGGCCAGACUUCUCUCCCAGCUCCUUCCACGGCAGCGUCAGUGAGAAUGGCAAGGCUGGGGAUGUUGUCAUGCGGGUGACAGCCACAGACAGAGAUGAUCCCGAAACGGACCACGCCAUGAUCAAGUAUAGAAUAUUGUCCCAAACUCCUGAAGUACCGUCUGACUACAUGUUUGCCAUAAACCCAUUAAGCGGAGUACUGAGUCUGACCGGAGGAGGACUGGACAGGGAGUCCCAUGCAGAGUACAAGCUGAUCCUCCAGGCUGCAGAUAUGAACGGAGAGGGACUUUCUGCCACAUGCACCGCCUUUGUCACCAUCACCGACAGCAACGAUAAUGCCCCACAAUUCCUCAUCACAUCUGCUUCUGCUAGUGUUCCGGAGAACGAAUCUGGAGUGGAAGUUUUUAGAUUUAAAGUCACGGAUGAAGACGAGUUGGGCUCUGCAAAUGCCAAUACAAAAUACAAUAUAAUCAAGGGAAACGAGGGCGAACACUUCCAAAUUAGUACAGGCCACGACAAAAUGCAAGGGAUACUUUCUACAGCCAAGAAGUUGGAUUUUGAGAGCACUUCUGCGUUCAUCUUGCUAAUUGUGGUCACAAACGAAGCCCUGUUUACACAACCGGUUUCUACCUCCACCGCGACUAUAAAAGUGACAGUGGAAGACAAGAACGAGCCACCGAUGUUCACUCCCUCCAAAAUACAAGUGGAACUUUCUGAGGACACCCCGAUCGGGACUUCUGUGACUUAUCUCAGAGCGGUAGACCCGGACAUGGCAAGACCAACCAAAAUACGAUUCAAGUUAAACGCAGAUGCAGCGGGUUGGUUCCACCUGGACCCAGACUCCGGGAGAGUGAGUGUUAGAAGUGACUUGGACAGAGAGUCACAUUUUGUUCGGGACAAUAAAUACACAGUCCAGGUUCUGGCCUAUGACAACGACACAGUUGCAAGCACUGGCACGGGCACUCUCAUAGUGACUCUCCUGGAUGUGAAUGACAACGCCCCAGUGAUCGAGCAGAGGAAGGUCAGUCUCUGCAGCGUGAAUCCGGUCCCGGUCCAGCUGGACAUACUGGACCCGGACAGCACUGGGAAUAACGGCCCGUUCACUGUGGAGCUGCAGGGAGAGCACCGCAAGAGCUGGAACAUCAUCUCCAACUCCUCAAGUCCUGCCAUAUAUUUGAGCCCGAAGCGUCGCAUGGCCCUGGGCUGGACUUCGGUCCUGCUGAGGGUCUAUGAUGCCAGGUUAGUUUUCCAGGACAGCUCCCUGGACGUGGAGGUGUGCCAGUGUGAAGGGGCCAUGUCCGGCUGCACCAUGCCCCAUUUGGAGCCCCAUCACAGCCGCCUCUCAUCUGUCUCCUUAGUCCUGGGAGCCAUCUUUGUACUGCUUUUGCUGCUGCUGCUGCUGUUGAUUCUGAGGAGAAAGAGAAACGCUAAAGAUGUUGCCCUUCUUAAAGAUCCAUCCAGAGAUAAUAUUUUCUACUACAAUGAGGAGGGUGGAGGAGAGGAAGACAAGGACUUUGACCCCAGUCUGCUGCACAGAGGUCUCCUUGAGCACCAGGCGGUCUGCACCGACGUGAUCCCAACCCAGGCACGACCGACCUACCGCCGCCAGCCUCAGUCCAACGAAGACAUAGGACAGUUUCUCCAAGAGAACUUGCAGGCUGCAGACGCCGACCCCACGUCACCUCCGUACGACUCUCUGCUGGUGUUUGACUUUGAGGGUGCGGGCUCUGAGGCCUCCUCCCUCAGCUCCCUGGACUCCUCCUCGGACUCACCGCUGGGGCAGGACUUCAGGCUCCUGCAGGACUGGGGGCCACGCUUCAGCAGGCUGGCCGACAUGUACACAGCAGGGGAGGAGGACGACAUGGAUACUGUCCCAGGGAAAACAGAAUGGAUGUCCCAGAAUAUGUUUCAAGAGGGACUGCACCAGGUCUACAUGCAGAGCCCUAACCCUCAGGCCGCUCCACCCCGGGCACAGGCCGUGGCCCAGGUCCAACACGGGGAUCUGGACAACGCCAGGAUCCACCGCUGGUUCGGGACCGUGGUCAAUACAAGACUUUUGGUUUCAGGGGUGGCGCAGGUGCUCGGGGCCAUCGCCUGCAUCCUCUCCACGGUCACCUACACCUGUAUGAGCUUCAACUGCGCCGUAUCCAUGGCAACGCCCGUAUGGUCAAGUUUAAUGUAUCUCUGGACUGGGUUUUUUGCAGCGGAGGUCCAGAGAAAGGCCAAUAAACUCAAGGUGGUGGCUCUGGUGGCUGCGAACAUCUUUAGUUCUGUGUUUGGCUUCUCUGCCCUAAUGAGCACCAGCCUCAGGUUUCAGGACAGCAGCGCUCUCAACGCAAAGCAGCGUGUGGGCUCGUACGUGGCCAGAGGCUCCUCCAUCACCUUCACAGUGCAGUGUUUGCUCUGUUCUCUCUACAUCCUGUUCCUGAGCUGGAGAGGCCUGCGCAGAUACAGCCCUACAGCGGUGCAGAGCUACAGCCGAGUGGCACAGGAAGCAGAAGACACAAACGGACCUCUUCUUGAAAACAUGGAGAGCAACCUCUGA